CUCAGUCUCUCUCUCUCUCUUAUCUCUACUGGCUUACAUACAGCAGUCACACAGUCCCUCCUUGCCUGCAGCAUUGCCAUGUCAGAGUAGUUUUAUCAUCCCCUCCAUCUUCCAUCCACCACUGAGUUCUACUGCUUUCUCUCUCUAUCUCUAUCUCUUUCUCUCUCUUCAUUACUAGGUGGACUACUACUACUACUGCUGCACAGUCCUACCAUGGCGUACUAGUACAACUUCUACACUGAUUACCUCUUCAAAUCCAGAAUAUGUACAUAGUAGCAAUACAUCAAUGGCCUUGAGAAUUUCUCCGUGCUUCUUCCUCCUCCUUCAUUCAUGGCUUCUUCUCAUCAGUUUCCCCACGGUUUCCUCUUCCCCUCCCUCCCAAAUUGCUCUCAAACUCCUCACUGCCCCUCCCCCUUUCUCCAAUAAAAAUUCCGCCAUUUUUGCCUUCCAAGCUUUCCUCAAUCGCACGCUCUGCAAUCAUUGCUCCGCCAUUUGCAAGCUAGAUGGCGCAGAAUUCUCGGCUUGCGAAGGCGGGAACGUCUCCUACACGGGACUUGCCGACGGGAAUCAUUCAUUCGAGGCGUGCGCCAAUGGAACUAUACGCAUCGGCUGCGCAAAUUAUAGUUGGAUUGUUGAUACGGUUAGUCCCACAGCAUAUAUUACGGCGGAUGCGCUCUUCACGAGCGCUCCCAUUGUUUCGAUCAAUAUUUCUUUCAGCGAACCCUGUGGCUCUCGAGGCGGAUUUCGAUGUUCUUCCGUAGAUUCUUGCAACCUACUCGUUUAUGGCUCCGGCGAGGUCCUGCCGGAGACACUCAAUGUCUUAGAGCCGAACAUGAAGUACUCGAUCGCUGUCCGUGUGUCUGAAAAAGUUCGAUACGGUCGACUGAUCCUUGUAAUGGAUCGAAACUUCUGCGCCGACUAUGCAGGAAAUGAAUUCGUCCGGACAGAGAAUUCGAGCCUGUUUGUACAUUUUGAUAGACGAAGCGUAUUCGCGAAUUUGAGGACUCACAUACCCGAGAGGCUGCUUCAGAUAAACAACGAAACACGAACAGUAUUAGCGACGAACAAAAACAAGAACUUGAAGGUGUACCUAUAUUUCUCCGGUCCUGUAAUGAACUCGUCGGCGGAUAUUCUGAGCUCUCUCGACACAAAUCAAGGAUCAUUCGUCUCGAUCGGAGGGAGUACAUUCGGACAGCGUAGAUUCGGCUAUCAGCUCACCAAUGUAUCAGACUUAGCAGUCGUCACUUUAAGCGUGCAGUCGAACUUGGUAAUAACUCGACAAGGAAGUCCCGUUUCUCCAGUAGCUCCCGUGACAUUUCUGUACGAUUCUCAGCGACCUACGGUGAAGCUGAGCACAACGUGUAAUAAUAGGACGAAGGAAAAGAACAUUGUUGUACUGAUCAAGUUCAUAAAGCCCGUGCUCGGUUUUAACUCAUCUCAUUUGUCGAUUUCCGGGGGGCAUUUGCAGAGCUUCGAGAAGGUAAGCUGGAGCAACUACGUCGCGCACGUACAAGCAGUUUCGGGCACAAUAUCUGUUAGUGUUCCCGAAAACAUUACAACUGAUGUCUCCGGGAAUGGAAACCGAGCGUCGAAUACUCUCCAAGUGAUGCACUAUUCGGUACCUUUAGAAUCCUUUGUUAUUUCAUCCCUUGCAACGGCUGCUUUUGCGGUGACAGCUUUGAUCUCGGGAUUUCUUACAAUCUCGACUGCUAGCCUUCUUUCAGUCGGAGCAUUCUCCCGACCAAAUGCUGUCCUGAUCACCUACCCUGCUAGAAAUCUUUUCAGAAUCGCUUCGCACAUUCAAGUCUUCGCAUUGUCGAAAUGGUUGGCGGUCACGUUACCUGUCGAGUUCUACGAGCUUGCAAGAGGCUUACAAUGGAGCAUUCCCUAUUUCAAUCUUCCAUGGGAGAAAGAAGACAUUCCUUCGCUCAUGGUGGGCUCGAUGUCUCCGAAGGAUCGACUCAACCGUGCCAUGGAGGUUCAUGAUUCGAUAAUAUUCGAGGACCUUCAACCUUCCGGAAGCUCGGGGUCGCCCGGGAAGGUUUACGGGUUGCCUCUCACUCCAAUGGAGUAUACAUCGUAUUUUGAGAGCUUGACAAUGUUGCCAGAAGCCGAGCACAUCUUAGAUCCUCAAUCGUCGCACGGGUGGCGAGACUUUAGUCGAAGCAUGUUUUGGCUAGCCGUGAUCGCCGGGAGUUUGGUACUAUUCCACGCUUUACUCCUCGCCGUUUUGAAACUUAAAAACAAGAGCAAAGAAAAACAAAGUUACGGUGCGCUAAUUUUUCCACGGUUCGAGAUUCUUCUUCUCUUGCUUUCGCUACCUUGCCUAUGCGAAGCAUCGGCAUCGGUAAUUCAAGGAGGGACAACGUCCGGAUUGAUAGUCGGAGUUCUCAUCGUUAGCUUAGUAGCUUUCAUGGUGCUAUGUCUUCUAUCGUUUCUAUCCUACGGUAUCACUCUCGGGAAGUUGCUUCAAUACAAGGAAGUUCACCGUAUGGGCGAGGAGUUCUAUUGGUACGACGAGCUAAUUCGAGUGACUCUAGGCCCGGGAAAACGCGGCCAAUGGACGUGGAAGAGCGAUCAGCGCUCGAUUUAUCUUACGGCGUUAGGACCAUUGUUCGAGGAUCUACGAGGGCCACCUAAGUACAUGGUUUCUCAAAUUUCCGGAGGGAGCGCGAGCAAGCCUCGGGAUCGUAUAAUUGCCUCAGACGACGAGACCGAGGAUGCAGAAGCGCCGUGCAUACAAAAGCUAUUCGGCAUUUUGAGGAUAUACUACACGUUGAUCGAAUGGAUCAAGCGCAUCGCCUUAGGGAUUGUGGCGGGAGCGUACUCGAAAACGUGGUCUUUGAAAACGCCUACGCUCGUCUUGCUCGUCAUCUCGUUGUUUCAACUCUUCUUCAUGCUUUUGAAGAAGCCGUUCAUCAAGAAAAAGGUACAAUUCGUCGAACUACUCUCGGUGUCCUCUGAGCUCGCGAUUUUCGCCUUUUGUUACGUUCUCUUAGAGCGCGAGUUCGAACCCAAAGACGAGAGAAAACUCGGGAUCACGAUGCUUUCAAUAUUCAUACUCGCCUUCGUCGUCCAAAUCGUCAACGAGUGGUACGCAUUGUAUCGCUAUAUAAAGCAGCUCGACCCCGCGGCAAACUCGUUGAUGCGCGGCCUCGAAAUAGCCUCGAUUGGGUUCGCCUUGCUCGUAUGCCCUCGUUGCAUGGCCGAGAAGUUCGAGAACCGGUAUCCCAUAAACAACACGGGUGAAACGGACACGACGUCGGCAAUUCGGAGCUCGGGAAGCCGGAGCUCCGGCGACAAGCCGUGGCUGAAGCAGAUACGGGAAAUGGCGAGGUCGAGCUUCAGUCGGGAUGGGAGAGGAUCGGCGCAAAGCGACGCGUCGACGAAUAGGCUGAGAUGGAGCGAGUUUUGGCGGGGGAAGAGGAGCGGCAGCAGCUCGUCGGCGGCGACGUCGUCGACGGCGGCGGCGGCGAAGCCGAGGGGAUUGUACAAGGAGCUGGAGGACAUUUUUGCGUCCAAGUGAAAAGAUAAGUUUGUAUGAAAAUAGUUUGUUGUGUUAAAGUUUCUUGACAUAUUUUGGAACACUUCCUCAUGGUUAUAUAUAUAGUUGUGUGUUUGUAUUUUGAGCAAAAAAUCAUUUUU